AUGUCUGCAUGUCGCCGUGGCGUCCGUGGCGUGAUCCGCCUGUACUCCAUCGCCUCCUCCGCGGUCGGCGACGACGAGACCUCGAAAACAGUGUCCCUGUGUGUGAAGCGUGUGGUGGAGGUGGAUGGGCAGCAUGCCAACCGCGAGGUCGGAGAGGACAAGCCGGACAAAGCCGGCACCGCCUUCCCGAAGAACAAGGUCUACCGUGGUGUUUGCUCCAACCACAUUUGCGACUUGAGCGUGGGGGACGAUGUGAUGAUUACGGGCCCGACCGGUGCGGAGAUGCUGCUGCCAGAGGAUCCAGAGGCCAACAUCGUCAUGCUGGCGACAGGAACCGGCAUCGCGCCCAUGCGUGCGUACUGCCGCCUGCUCUUCAACGACAAGGUGGGCGGGGAGGGCGACUCCCGCAAGUUCAAAGGUCUGGCGUGGCUCUUCAUGGGGGUGCCUUACAGCAAGUCGUUGCUGUAUGACGAUGAGCACCAGGAGUACGUUUCCAAGUACCCCGACCAGUUCCGCUACGACUACGCCGUAAGCCGUGAGCAGAAGAACGACGCUGGGCAGAAGAUGUACAUCCAGACCAAGAUGGCCGAGCCGCUCGGCCGACGCGGUGUGGAAGACCUUCAACAGGACUUUCAACUGGGGCAAGCACGGCACAUGUCCCCCAGUCUGAAUGCGAGGAAAGGCAGCAAACAUGAAUUCAACCAAAAGCAUUCAGCAUGA